CAGCACAAAACAUUUACUAGAACACCCUCAAACCUUGAGGUACGACUGUUACCAUGCUUUUGACAUUUUUUUUUGUUUUACUAUGGCAUGAGACAGUCGCCUGGGGGCUGAAGAAUGGAGUACUGCACAACUCAAUAUGGUUAGAACAAGCAGCUGGUGUUUAUCACAGAGAAUCGCGCAAAGGAAAAUAUCAGCUCACCUUGAAAGAAGCUAAAGUGGUCUGUAACUAUGAAGGAGGCACCCUUGCAACGUAUAAACAAUUAGAGUUAGCUCAGCGUAUAGGAUUUCAUGUAUGUGCAGCUGGAUGGCUUUCAGGAGGGAGAGUUGGAUAUCCAAUAGUAAAACCUGGAGCCAACUGUGGAGGUGGAAAAACUGGUAUAAUUGACUAUGGACAUCGAGUGAAUAAAUCAGAAUUAUGGGAUGCUUACUGCUACAAUCCACAUGCAAAACAAUGUGGCGGUGUUCUAACAAAUCCAGAACGGAUUAUUAAGUCCCCAAAUUUCCCAGAUGACUAUGAGGAUCAACAAGUCUGUUACUGGCACAUUCGACUUAAAUACAAGCAACGCAUCCAUUUACAGUUUCUCGAAUUUGAUAUAGAAGAUGACCCAUCUUGCUUAUCUGACUACCUUGAAGUGUAUGACAGUUAUGAUGAUUUGCUAGGCUUUGUUGGCAGGUUUUGUGGAAACAAAUUACCAAGUGACAUCAUUAGUACAGGCAAUGUUAUGACUCUGAAGUUCUUGUCAGAUUCUUCAGUUACAGCUAAAGGUUUCCAACUUACUUACAAGGCCAUCAUGCCAUCGUCUCCAGCCUCAACUGACCGGACAGAAGACAGCAAAAGUGAAAUAAAUUACACUGUUUCCUAGGCAGUCAAACGAAACUCAUUGUUUAAUGAAUUUAGUUAAUUGUCUUGAAAAUGAUCACAGAUAACUUGGAAUCUCUUAUAUCCAAUUCUUAACCUAGCAUGAAACACAAACUUGAUUUAGGUUUAGUUUUUCUUCAUAGUAGAGUUCCUUAAAUUUUCCACAUUUUCUCUAUAACUGGUUAAAACAUAAUGCACAGACUAGCUACUGACAGAAAAGCUUAUGUGUGCCACUGUUAUUUAGUUUGAGAAAACAGUCUAGGGAUAUUCAAUGCCCCUCUAUCUAACAUUUAAUUUUAUCUUAUUUAAAAGAUAGUUUGAGUUUCUAAUCUAACAUAUAUCAACAAAAAACACCACCACUUCCAAUAUAUGUCUCAAUUCCUGAGUCCAAGGAAAUCAGAGGUAUUGAGCUUUCCUUUCAUUUGUUUUUCUUAUUUUUGUCAACCAAGUGUCCAGUUAACUUGCUAUUCCCCCUAACUGCGAAUGAGUCUUAAAGUUGUGCUUCAUACAAAAAUACUUCCAAAAAAUAUUUUCGAUUUGUUUUUGAGAGGUGCCAUCAGAGCAGCUAUUCAGGCAGAACGUAACUCCCAAUUUUAUAGUUUAAAUCCCAAUAAAAUAUUCAAAUAACUAUUCACUUCUGCUCUUAAAAAUUAUUAAUUAAAUAAUUGAAUUGUGCUUGUCACAACUGAAUCUAUCGAACAGAAAAAUCUCAGUUGUAACAACUAUCAAGAAACUUACAACAAAUUUACAAUAAAUUUACACUAAAGGUGAUAAGUUGCACAUAUCAGAGGCGAUGGUCUGGUGGCAUUAUCACUGGAUAGUUAAUCUAGAGACCCAGGCAAUAUUCUGGGGACCUGGGUUCAAAUCCCACCAUGGCAGAUGGUGGAAUUUGAACUCAAUAAAUAUCUGGAAUUAAGAAUCUCAUGACUGCUAUAAAUCCAUUGUCAGAAAAACCAUCUUGUUUAUUAACAUCUCUUAGGGAAAGGAAACUGCCAUACUUACCUGGUCUGGCCUACAUGUGACUCUGGAUCCAUAACAAAGUGUUUGACUCUCUGUUGCCUAGCCAGUGAUGCCCUCAUCCUAUUAAAAAGUAUUUAAUUUGAAAGUUGCCUGUUUGGAGAGAAUAUGAAAGCAGAUUCAGAAAUACACAAAGGCACCAUGUUUUGGUAGUUGUUUGUACAGAAACAAAUAGAGGGAAAGGAAAAUCAAUUGGUAAUAGCAAGAUCUGGAAGACUCUCUUCCUGUUUCCUUCUCAUCAUCUCAAAAAGUCGGUUUUAGUAAUAAAUCAAACUGGUAAAACAUCCAUUCAUUGAAAACUCAAGGAUUCUACAGAUUUCAAGACAUAUUAAACAGCCAUGAUCUCAGGUACAACUAUAACAACUCAAGAGCUAUAAGAAUUUCGUAAAAUGCAUUUUUAAAAAAUCUUUCUAGUAGUAGAACUCUCCCCUUUUUUAACCUUAUACUUGUGUUUGUGUUUCAUGCUGCAUUUAUUAAUUUUUUUGAGGUUAGCAAGUAAUAAAACUUCUCAUUCCUUCACUCAGAAGAAACUUGUAAUUGGCUUAAAUUGAUCAGUACUAAAUUUUAACUAAAGGCUAAUAUAGUUUCGUAUUGCAAAUAAUUAAAACUCCCAGGCAUUGCAAUUCACCCCUUCUCACUAUACCUAGGUUUAGGUAUACAAAACAAUAAGGUACAAUAAAAGGUGGAGCUAUUCAAUUGAAAGAUGAUUUCAGUGAGUUGAAAAGUAAUCUUCCCCAGCUAGAUAGGAUCAAUUGGUUGAUAAAACAUUACAUGGGAAGCCUGCAAGGAGCAUGUAGUUUGGAUUCAGACUAAACCUAUUUGCAUGUGGGGAAAGGAAGAGAGUCCAAAGUUAAAGCUCCUAAGGUGACUCAAGAAUAUAGAUAUCUAGAAUUGUACCUUUACAAAUCAUUGAAGGUGGUAGGACAUGUUGAGAGGGACCUAAAGAUGCCAUCCAGGAUCUCUGGAUUUAUAAAUAAAGUGUGAAAGCAAUUAUAUUUUCCCAAAUCUUUAUGAACCACUGAGCUGCAGCACUGUGACAUUUCUAAUUAUCACACUUUAGAGAAAGUAUCAAAACCUUGGAGAGUGUCCAGAAUGGUACCAUGAAUGAAAACUUUCUGUUCAAAAUAUAGAGAAACUAAGAUUGUUCUCAAUAAAACGGAGAAUUACACAGAGAUUUGAAAGAGCUGAUCAAAGUGAUAAGGGUUUCAAUUGUAUGAAUGAAGAAAAAUUGUUCCUAGUGAUAUAUGACAGUUAAUGAAUGGACAUAGAUAUAAGGUAGUUGACAAAAUAAACGGAGGUGACUUUAGGAAAACAAAAUGUAGUGGGUGGUUAUGAUAUGGAGAACAUUCCCUCAAAUGGUGAUAGAGGCAGAUUCAAUGAUAUUUAGUUGAAUAUUUGAAUUAGAAAAAAAAACUCCAGUUACUGAGAAAAUGUAAGGCAGUGGAACCUAAUUGUAAUGAGUCAGCAUGGGCAUAAUGUUUUGAAUGGCCUUGUUCUAUGUUAUACCAUCAUAAGAUACAUCGGGGAGAAUUUAAUGCUUUCCCCUUAGGUGAGUUUAAGAUAGGAGGAAGAGAAGGAAAUUGGCUUGGAAGAUGUGGGGUGAGUACCCUGCUAAAUUCCUGUCUUUGCCCUGAUUAAACUGGGGUGGGAGCCUUCUUGUCCUGAUGCCAAGUGAAGCCACUAAGUAGGUAGUAACACCCACUUACAGUCUUCAGAAUGCAACUGCUGUCAUUCAACCAAUAGCACAAGGGAGCAAUUGCCACACAGAAUGUCUGAGAAGCAAACUCUGUCAGGUGGUCACUUGUGUGAUGGUGGUGGAGGAGGAGGAGUCCCCCAUUGUUAGUUACUCACUGUGACAAGUACAAACCCCUGACAUUUCUUCCAAACUCCCAACAACCCUCUCUCUCAACAGUGAGUGAUUCCCACCCAGCAAUCCCCAUUUGAUCCUCUUUCUCAUCUGAGGCAUGGGUCUUUUGCUGAUUCUGGGCCUUUUGGAUAUAUUGCCAACAGCUAACACCACAUUCACAGUGCUGCUACCUGCAAUGGAGAGCUGCCAGUCUCUGAUCGGCCAAGAACUCUUCAGGGUAUCUGAUCACAAUGAAAGCCUUCCAAUGGUCACUUACACAAUGAAGAAUCAUUUGAUAUGGUGGCCUUUCUCAAAGAAGGUAUUGCAGGUCGAUGGCUCUUCAGUUUACAAGUAAAACUCCCAUCACCUGAACUGAAUGUAUUCUUAUGUAGGAAAUAGAUAGGUUGCUGAAGGAGGUGGAAUGGAUGGUAAGGUGAUUGGUGAAAAGGGGAAAGGCAGAAAGCAGUUAAAUGUCAGAGAUACUGAAGAGGGGAGCUGAAUUGUCUGGACAACAAUGAAGGAGGGAGGGAUGAAUGCCAAUGAAGAGGAAGGAAAUGCAGGCAAAAGGGUAAUAUUGAUCCUGUCCUUAAUGGGCCUACCUUUCAAUAGUAAAAGUUUUAUGUAACAUGUAAGAGCAAAGCAUUUUAAUAUACGGAUGAUGGCUAUGAAAAUAUAUAUGUAUGGUAUUGAUAUUAAUAAAUAAUUAAAGAAUUCACAAA